GCUGCUACGGAGACGACCAUCCUCAUUCACCUGUCGCAUCUUCUUCCCCUUCACCUCCUCCUUCAUUCCAUCGACCUGAGCACACUCCAUUUGGUCCCAAAACAAGAACCAGGAACGGAAACUACUGCUGGCCAACGCUUGUGCUCGGAGACAGGCGUCAUAGCACAACGCGCGCAUGAAUGGAGGUAUGGCGCAAUGCCCUCGUCCAGGGACAACAGCUUUCGCUGUUGCGGAGUAAGCGAGUGUAUGGAAUGCCAAGUGCGAACUGAUCCUUUUAGUUGGGAAGGCAGUGCUCAACGCUGGUCCAGAGAUUCGAGCGUUCCCUCGUUGAACACUCGCCGUUUCCAGGGCAAGGCUUACGCAUACUGCUGUGCCAACAACAAAAUCCUCUCAGUUAUGGAGCAACCAAAAUUGAGGAAAGGAGGCUAUUUGGCACGCUGUCAAGCUGAUUGUUCUGUAAGCAAUGUCAUGUCACAUGUAGACAUCAGUUGGGAGGGCGAGAAUCGGCGCAAUUCAGUAAUGAGGGAGGAUUACUUGGCACAGCAUCACCACCUCGACAUCAUCCGUAGCGAUGUUGCACGAAGGAACGAAAUCGGCUCCCACACUGACCAAACGAGCUCACUUCGUGCAACAGAAGUUGAGCGAUUGGAGUGCAACAAACGUUGCUCAGCAGCGAGGGCCUACAAUGCUCAAAGGGGAUCUACAACGCAAAAACAAAGCGAAGGGAACAAGUGGCGAAAAAGCAAGGCCUUGGUGACAAGUACUUUGGCAAUAUGCACCAUUGUUGGUGAAAUGCAAAAGGACUUUGAAGUUAAGCUCGGCAUGAGUCUCACUGGUCGCAACUCGGCGACUCACCGAAUCCAUGCCAUCACCUUGGCGAAUGGCAUCGCGACUGAGCCCUUUGGGAUUGCAUCCGUCAGGCCAUCAAAACCUCACCCAUCACGCAUCGCCACACUCACGGCCGCCUUCGCUGCUGCCGCCCAUUAUGAUGCUAUUGACCACAACAAUCUACGCCGCCAUUCAGCACUGCUUCGCCCCAAACAUUGCGAGUGCGAGGCGUCAGGGUAG